AAGAAAUCGUUUUAAAUAAGUUUCUGCCUGAGUUUAGUUGCCGCUAAAUAUUGACUAAUUCGCUGCUGUUUGAUAUGCGUGCAAUCACUUAUUCUAUAGCAUAUCCAGGUUAUUUUCUAUUCACAAUCAAGUACAUUUUUUAUUAAUAGUUUUAUAUAGCAUAAUGUUUUUUGUUUCAGUAGGUUACUACUCGCUCGUGAUACUGCCGCUCGCGUAAUCUGUGUCCAUGGGAGUUUUACAAAAACACUUGUUGAAAUUCAAGCGUACAAAUUAGCAAUAUCAACUGGAAAUGGGCUGUUGUUGCCUAAGGGAAUUUGAUAAAUCAUGAUUAAUUACUCCAAUGGACUCUGAUAACGUUUUGCAUAUGAUUUAUGUGCGUCUUAAUCUCUCUCGGUGUGUGUGUGUGUGGCUGGCUAUAGUUCUCCAAAACAUGCCAAACUCGACACUCCAUAACAUGUUUAGGUUAGUUUCCUACUGUAGGCUAACUCAAAUUCGCCAAGACAGUGUCAUUUAAAAAAUAAUGUAUGAAAAUGAUUUGCCAACAUAUUUUUCCCUAUAUCUAUUAAUGGAUUUCAUGAAUUUAUCUUAACUGCAUAUCCUUUUACUUCACAUCGAUGAUAUUUUAGACCAAUAAUAAUUGUAUGAGCUAGGCUACUGUUUACUGGAUAUAUCAAAUGUAAUUCUUACUGCCUAUUCAUAAGGUAUAUUUCUAUAUUUCUGCAAUAGCAUAGACAUUGUCCAUCCCUCCCGGCGCAUUUCUUGUUCAACUGUCUAAAAUCAAAUGUCUUCGAGUGCAAUAAAUGUUAAACUGCAAUAAAUAUAAAUGAAUCUCAAUGUGUGCAAAUCCUAUUCAAAAGCGGAGAAAAAAAAUCCCGAGAAGAAAAAUCGAGGAGGGGGGGGAGCCCCCUAAAAAGCAGGUGUUGAGCAGUAAUCUCUUUUCGUGCCCUGUCACUCACCUUCAUUUUCCCUUGUCACUUUGUCGCAUGCAGCCUUCUCACUUCGAGCGCCUUUCUUCAUUUUCAUCACAUUUUCUUCUCGUCUUGCACUCGUAAGACCCCAACCAUGUCCAGAUUUCCCAACCUUCCCCUUGUAGUAAUCCAAAUAAAAGAUGAGUGCAUCGAUGUCAAAUUGCUCUCAAAACACCAUGAAAGAUUGAUUUGCAGCACUUUCCUUUCAGCUGACAUUAUUGCGAAGAGAGCAGAAUAGGGAACCCGCGAGCUUGGAUGGAAUAAAGAUGUUCUCUCUGCUGGAAAAGGGGGAAAACUACCCAUUUACUGCCAGUCCAUCAACCCAGAAAAACUGGAAAAUAAAGAGCCCUGUCUAUUAAAAGAGAGGCCGGUACACAUCUAAACACUGUCACAAUUCUUAAGGCUUUAUAUUAACAUUCAUAAAUAUUUAAGGCAGGGAUGCGAUAGCUGAAUCGCCCAUCGCAUAAAUUGCCACUGCAUUUUUUUGCCUCUCAAAUUCAGUAAUGUUAUUAAUUGGCUGUAUGGCAGGUCUGUGAAGGGAACGGUUGUGUUAAGCCUAUGUCUAUUGGUGUAGACUUUGUAAAGUUCUACUUCCAUGAGUGUAAAAAUUACUGCAAUAUUCCCAUUUUCUCUGUGAUGCAUAAACCUAUUGGCUAUAGGCCUACAUCACUUUACAUAAUCUCUAAAUCAUGUAGGCCUAUAGCCUAGCCUACUCAUUUAGCAAUUAAACCAUUUGUGACCCAAUUGGAGUCGCUGUAAAUUAUGUGGUUUGAUUUGCACUUUAAUCCUACAUUUAGAUGAUGUAUAGAUUAUUUAACUUCUUAAAUUUUCCGUUUAUAUUUGAAAGAAACACAGGCUAAUUAGCGUAAUUACAUAAUGUCGCAUGUACGUUAUGAAUGGUAUGUGAUUGUGCGUCUGCGAUGCAGGUUACAUUUUCUAUAGGCUAUCAAUUCGGCUAUUAAAGGCUAAUAACGACGUGCCAUGCUGAGAAGGUAUUUCGUGUUGUAUAACCUACUAUGUAAUGAUUCUGAACAAAGUUAUGGCCUUUACAAAAAGUAAAUGUUGCGUAAGUGUAAUUGGUCAUAUUCACAGCCAAUGAGGCAAAACGUUUAAUAUCUCAACUCUGAAUUAUUCCAGCUAUUAGCUUGUUUUUCAUGCUAAACUAAGUUUGUCUUUAUUUUGCUGCCUUGUUGGGCUUUUCCCCUGCCCGGAGCAUUUUGGGGCACGCUACUGCUGCUGCUGCAGCGCAAGACGCCGGAGAACUGAGCUUGUUAUUCCUCGGGCAAGGUGGUUGUAUUUCGCACCAGUAGACACCCCGGUUAACAGCCCCCCUCCCCUAACACACAUCUCCCUCCCUCCCCUGCCCCCCUGAGGAUUGGCCACUCAAUAAAGAGCUUGGCUUUUUCUGGUAGAACAAGGCUCCAGAACAUAAGGGAGGGUCAUUAAUAACUAAUUAGAGGGGGUCACACCAGCAGCAUAUAAAGACUACCCGGACUUUGAAAAGGCGAAACAUUUUUAAACUUCAGCCAGCAAAGGAGGACGUGUAUUUGGCAAAUAGCCUAGUCUGAAAUUCUUGUGCAUCUAAGUAUUCGUUUAUUUUUAUUUGUGUGUGUGUUCCCUUUAUUCUCAAUAUAUUUAAAAAGGCAGGUGGACAUCUGAACUUGCGCACAGACUAGCCUACUUAAAUUUCGGCAUUUGUUAGAUAAACCUCACAGAUUUGUGGCACCAUGGGUUCCGUGUUGCCCGCUGAAGCAUUGGUGCUGAAGUCUGGAUUUAAACAACAGAGUUUGUCUCUAUCUGAAAUUAUCACCUCCGACAUCCUGCAUAGUUUUCUCUAUGGUAGAUGGAGGAACGUGCUUGGGGAACACCUUUUGGAGGAGAAGAUAAACGUCAGUCCCAAAACAGCUUUCACCGCAGAGGUCCUUGCGCAAUCAUUCUCAGGGGAGGUUCACAAGCUCUCCAGUCUGGUGUUGCCAAGUGAAGUGAUAAUAGCCCAGAGCUCCAUCCCUGGCGAGGGCCUAGGAAUCUUCUCCAAGACCUGGAUCAAAGCUGGGACAGAGAUGGGGCCUUUUACUGGCCGAGUCAUCUCACCUGAGCACGUGGAUCUCUUCAAGAACAACAACCUCAUGUGGGAGGUGUUCAAUGAGGAUGGUACUGUGCGUUACUUCAUUGAUGCUAGUCAGGAGGAUCACCGCAGCUGGAUGACCUAUAUCAAAUGUGCCCGCAACGAGCAGGAGCAGAACCUGGAGGUGGUUCAGAUUGGCAGCAGUAUCUUCUACAAAGCUAUGGAGACCAUUCCCCCCGACCAGGAGCUGCUAGUGUGGUAUGGAAACUCCCAUAACACAUUCCUGGGGAUUCCCGGAGUUCCAGGAAUGGAGGAUGACCAGCAGAAAAAGAGCAAAACCGAUGAGUUUCAUAUUUGCGACGGCUCCACCUCCUCGUCCUCUGCCCUGCCCACCACCGCUAGCCGGAUGCGCUGCGUCAUCUGCCACCGGGGCUUCAACUCGCGCAGCAACCUGCGUUCCCACAUGCGCAUCCACACCCUGGACAAGCCCUUCGUGUGUCGCUUUUGCAAUCGGCGCUUCAGCCAGUCGUCCACCCUGCGCAACCACGUGCGCCUGCACACUGGCGAGCGGCCAUACAAGUGCCACGUGUGCCAGAGUGCCUACUCUCAGUUGGCAGGACUGCGGGCGCACCAGAAGAGCGCCAGACACCGGCCCGGUGGUGCAGGGGGAGUGGUGGUAGGCCUCCACCAGGCACACUCCCCCCCACCCCCCCAGAUGACAACAGUGCCCCACCCAGCCUCUCUGGUGCACCACAUCUCCACCAUGGUGCUGUGAGGGAAAGCCUUGUACAUUCACUGUACAUUCAUUCCAAUAGGCACAUCCCCUCGACAGUGAUGAUCGUACUGCAAAAUGUGAUGCUUUUCUACAAGUCUGCACUUCCUUGCACAUAUUUGAUGUAAAUGAACUGGCUGUGGUGGUGUCAAUGUUAGAGCUACCGGCAAAUUGACUUUCUGAUCACUUAUAUAAUAGUUUGGCCCUCACAAUGUCUCUGGUGCAAUGCACUAUGUAGGAGGAAGGUGAUCUAGGUACUGGCAUUCUGUUAACUUAUUGUCAAAUAUGCAACUAGACCUGAUGUUUUCACUGUGACCGUUCUUGUGAGAUGAAGUUUUUUUAAUAUAUAUAUAUAUAUAUAUAUAUAUAUAUAUAUAUAUAUAUAUAUAUAUAUUUGGGUCCAUAAUAUACAGUACUGUAUGUAGUGUAUUGAUUGGUCAUGCCAGGUACCGUCAUACUGAUAACAUAUAGAAAUCCAUUGAUUUUAUAUAUAUACUUUUUUUCUUUUUUAACCUUUAUUUAACUAGGCAAGUCAGUUAAGAACAAAUUCUUAUU